AUGUGUAAGAACAAUGUGUUGGACGACAUUAUUGACAACGGUUUUUCCGGAUGUUUCAAAUGUUAUUGCACGAAUGGUAAGGAUACUCUCUUUUGGCAUAAUAGGUGGUUGGGUGAACAAUCUCUUUGCUUGGACUUUCCAGACUUGUACGAUUUAUCAAUCAUGAAGUAUUGUACGGUGGCGGAGGUUUUAGAGUGGACCGGCGGAUCGUUUAGGUGGGACUUCGACGGCCUCUUUUCAGCUGUUCCUUCUCACGGCUCCUCUUCUACAGCCGCGGCAGCAGCUAGCAGCAGUUGGCUUCGGUUUUGUGACCGUGUUCGUGGUUUCAUUCCUAGAGCGAACGGUUGCGACACUUUCUUGUGGUCCAUUGCCAAGGACAAGGUGUUCACCGUUGCGAGCAUUACUUUCGCGAUUGAUAGUGCCAAAUCAAUUGCAUGGGAUUAUCAAUUGAUCAAUUCGUUGAAAGUGAUGUGGGAGCUCAAUCUCCCGCCCAAGAUCAAGGUCUUUGCUUGGAGAUUCUUUACUGAUCGGCUUCCUACUAGAGAUCAAUUGUUGAAAAGAGGUGUUGCUAAUGUUUUGUGUCCGAAUUGUGUGUUGUGUGGUUCUUCUCUUGAAUCUUCUUCCCAUCUUUUCUUCAAUUGUCAAGAGGUGAAAGCGAUUUGGAAACACGUUUUUAAUUGGCUCGGUAUUUCGGAGGAGAUUAAUGAAGAGGAUAUGUUUUGUUUCGAAGUUAUUCAAGACAAGGUGAAGUGUAGCAAGCGUAUAUUCAAAUAA